AUGAGAAAAGUUUCGCAAAACAAGCGCUCAUUGAAUGCAAAGAAACGAAACGAUGACAAUAAGAGUGGUGUCGAAGUGGACGCCGAAGAUGUGACGAAUGACGGAUCUGUUGACCACAAACUGACAGUCAGUAUUCGCCAACGAUAUCACCAAAAGACGGUCAGAAAGGUGUCCAGAGAUGACCACUCGGACAGUGAUUUGUCACCAAAACGGUUACGGAAGCAGAAGUUUGGCCAACAAUUGUAUGCCAAAGACUGCCAUCGAUUGAGUCAUAAUAAUGACAAUCACUUGGAUUCGCGUCAAACUCAAGGCAUUGUCUGUAAUAUCUGUGACCAAACGUUUGAUACGAAAGAACAAUUAAAAACACAUAUCGUAAGCUUUGCUCAUCACCAAACGGAUCCAUUGAUGCCAUUUCCUGAGUUAGUCGAGUCGGACAUUCCUCUGGAGGGACGUAUCAAAUGCGGGAAAUGCCGUUUCCGGACACAUUCGGAGGCACUUAUGAUACUUCACUCAAUCAAUCACAACGCGGACACUAGUAAGCCAUCAAAUGCUGGUCAAAGCCUAAGACUCAAGUGUCCGACUUGUGACCAAUCGUUCACUAAAGCGUUGCUUCGGAAACACGUUUACAUCCAUACGUCUGAAAAGCCGUUUAAAUGCAAUGAAUGUCUCCAAGAGUUUACCACAUCAUCGCUAUUAGGCGUACAUCUGUUGAAACAUAACCUGAGGUCGGAUUUGUUGAUAAUAUGUGAGACCUGUUGCGCCACUUUUAAGUCGAGAAAGGGUUUACAAAAACACUAUUUGAUUCACGAAACGGAUCGCAAGAAAAGCCAUUUCUGCGACGUCUGUGGCGACGGCUUCUUCGACAAGGAGUCACUCAAAUCGCACACAAUUCGCAAACAUUUGCCCAAAACUGAGAGAAAGUUUAAAUGCGAUUUCGACGGCUGUCGGUAUAGUUGUCUGUAUCAGCACCAGAUGUUAGAGCACCAGAAGGUCCACAGCGACGACAAGCCAUGGGUUUGCGAUCAAUGCGAUUAUACGGCGAAAUCCAAGUGGACUUUCAGAAAGCAUUACCGAAAGCACACCAAAGAGAAGCCCUUUCUGUGCACUGAAUGCGAUUACGCGUCGAGUCUGUCGUCAAACCUGACCCGACAUCUUCGUAUACACACCGGUUCCAAACCAUUCAAGUGUCCCUAUUGUGCCUAUCAGUGCAAUAAUCACGAAAACCUUCGCAAACACGUACUCAACACCCGAAAGCAUAAGGGCUUAUAUCUGUAUAAGUGUCCGCACUGUCAGUUCGCCACUAAUGUCUUCACAGAACUCCGCCAACACAUGGAACAGAACCACAACGACAUCUAUACCAUCGAACAGAUCGAUCAAAUGAUUUCUUCCAUAUAUCAUAAGCACGAAGACGUCACCAAAGUUGUUCCCAAUCCUGACUCCAGUUCACAACAAAGCAGUGCUCGGAAGACACCCAAUAAGAAGCGAAGAAAACCUAAAGUCAAUUCAGUUAACAAACAAACAGAAUCUUGUGAUGAAAUCACUCAAAACGAGACACAGAAUGUUUUAGAAGACAAUAGAACUAUAAAUGCAUUAAUUGUUGGCAAAAACAAUAUGCAAAACACAUCAGAGAUUGUAAUUAUCGAUUCCAAUGUAUUGGAAGCGCAAGAAGUCUGUGUCAGCGGACAAAACAAUACACACAUUUUCAUUACUAUUUAA